AUGUCCAAGCCACAACAGGAGCAGCAACUCGCAGGUGCAAACACUACGAAUACCAACGAGGCACUGCUUGAGGCCCAAAAGAGAUUAGAAAGCCAGUCAACACUAGAAAGCAAGCGACUUACUCAUCCGCUUCUUUACGAUGCAACGCCGCCGACCGUGCUUGUCGACUUUGACGGCAACGAUGACUCCUACCGGCCAUUGAACUGGCCGUUCCGCAAGAAGGUCAUCACGACCAUUCUGUAUGGUCUCACAACCUGCUGGAUCACUUUUGCAUCGGCCAUCUAUUCGGCGGGACUUGAGCAGGUAGCCGCGGACUUCAAAGUCAGCACCGAAGUGUCAGCAUCUGGCGUCAGUCUAAUUGUCUUCGGCUUUGGUCUAGGCCCGUUGGUCUGGGCGCCCCUGAGCGAGGUGUAUGGUCGGAAAUGGGUGGUCAUACUGCCAUUCUUUAUCGCCGCCAUCUUCUCCUUUGGAUCAGCAACAGCCAAAGACAUUCAAACCCUCCUUAUUACCCGAUUCUUCGCCGGUCUAUUUGGCAGCGCACCAGUUACCAAUACGGGAGGAGUUAUGGCCGACAUCUGGCCGCCUCAGCAGCGCGGAAUCGCUAUUGUGGGAUAUGCCAUCACCAUUGUUGGCGGACCAACACUUGGACCAAUCAUUGGCGGUGCUCUGGCUUCCAGCUAUUUAGGCUGGCGCUGGACUGAGUACCUAACGGGCAUUAUUAUGAUGGCUCAGGUGGUUCUGGAUGUCUUUCUUCUAGAUGAGAGCUAUGCUCCAGUGCUGCUUGCCUAUAAAGCUCGUCGGUUGCGGCUAGAAGGCAAGAACUGGGCUUUGCAUGCGAAGCAAGAGGAAUGGGACGUUUCAUUAUCGGAACUAUCGCAGAAAUAUCUCACCCGUCCUUUCCAAAUGCUAGGAACGCCUAUAUGUCUACUCAUGAGCAUUUAUGCCUCUUUCGUCUACGGCAUUCUCUACGCCAACCUUGAGAGCUUCUCCAUUGAGUAUCGGGAAAUCCGUGGCUGGGCUCCAGUGGUCAGCAACCUACCGUUCAUUUCUCUCCUAGUCGGCAUCUUCUUCGCCGCGGGAGUGAACAUCUAUAACAAUAAGUACUAUUUCAACCAAUUCAAAGCCAACAACAAUAAGCCAGUCCCUGAGGCACGAUUACCGCCAAUGAUGCUAGGUGGAUUUGCCUUUACAGCCGGUCUCUUUAUCUUCGGAUGGACUUCUUCUCCUAAAAUCAACUACUGGCCCUCUAUCAUUGGUAUCGCAUUGACUGGCUUCGGAUUCACAACCAUCUUCCAGUCAGCUCUCAACUACCUAGUCGAUACGUUCACUCGCUUCAGUGCUAGUGCGGUGGCCGCCAAUACAUUCCUUCGAUCUAUGAUGGCUGGUGCGUUUCCGUUAUUUAUUAUCCCUAUGUACCAUAAUCUCGGCGUUGAUUGGGGCACGACUAUAUUCGGUUGCAUUGCAGCAGUCUUGAUUCCCGUUCCAUUUUUGUUCUUUUUCUGGGGAAAACGAAUCCGUGCUCAGGGCGAGUGGAGCAAGCACACUGUUUAG